UGAUAAUUCUGCGCUGCGCAUUUGUGCUCCGUCACUCGCCCUUGUUUUAACAGCAGCUGCGUCCCUGUGGAUCCCUUCCUUCGCACUUUAAACAAAGCCACCCUUUUCCAUUCCCACUCUUUUCCUUUCUUUAUAUUUUGUUUAUUUACAGCGAAUCUUUUUAUUUCUAUUUUAUUUGUAAUUCGUGAAAUGAUACAUUUUGGACGCCGUGUGCUCGCCGGCCUGGACGCCCUGCUGGCAGAGCACUCACAGGGCGCACAAACGACAAUCUACGCCGACCAGGCCAUGCUCGACGUAAUUAACAGCGCCAUGGCACUCCCCAGCGUACUCAGGGGCCUGCAGGGCCUACGGGCACGCAGCAUCCACCUGCUGACCAGCAUGCCGGCAGACGAGGGCGCGUCAAUUGAGGACGGCCCGCACAUACUUUUCUUGCUGGGGACUGUAGACUGGACGGGCACUGAAGCCUGGGAGGCCAUUGAGCGGGUGAUUCAAAACAACAGCACACGGCAGCAACAACAGCUCCAAUACUGCACGUUGUGUGUGUCAGUGCCUGAGUCGCUGUGGGGAGACUCGCUGGCGCUGAGCCCGAAUGCUCGACUCAAGGCUCCGCUAAACCAGCAGGUGGUGCAGUCCGAGCUGCAGCGCAUGGUAGGGCGCCAGUCAGACGUGCAAUGCAAGGUGGCUGUGCACACGGUGGUUGCCGCAGCACUGCCCGGAGGUCACUUUGAAUUGCCAACAGCGAGGGGCCGGCUGCUCAGCUCCCCGGGGAUGGCGGUGGAGUGGGCGGAUGGCGAGCGUGUUGCCCUGGGGCUGGCAUCCCUCAUGCAUUCUCUGGACGUGGAUGCGCGGUACUAUUCUCCGCGCAACGCGUGUUUGGCCAGGCGUGUGGCCCGGCGCUGCGCCUCCAUGGCUGCGCCUACGGGUGUGCAGCAUAGGUCCUCGGCCACCGUGGUGAUUCUGGAUCGCGCCUCUGAUUGGGCUGCUGCCGUGCGCCAUGGCGGGCAUUUUUUGGAUGACCUCUACCGGUGUUCUGCCGUAGACCGUCCCCAACUCGCAAUGCUGCUGCGCCGGUCCGGCGUUGCGGACUCGCUGGCUGCGCAGGCUAUUCGGCAGCGGGCUGAUAGGGUGGCUGCGGAGUGCGAGGGGUUGCGGGAGGUGGUUGUGCGGAUGGAGGAGGCUGCGAGCAGAGGUCGGUGGCGGGAAAUGCAGGCUGUGGAGAAGACCCUGGCGCUGGUGCUGGCCGCUGAAGAUGACGUGCAGGAUGCCUGGGAUCAGGUGCUGGCGGCUAUUCCGCCACUGCCCAGCGAUGUUGAUGACAUGGCUGGGUUGCUGUCGCACACGCUGGCGCUCAUGGCCAUGGCGGCGGCCCUUCUCGGGUACCGCCGGCUGGGAAUCCCGCCAAUCCAGCGCGCCCUGGCUGCGCAAAGGCUGGCCUCGGACUAUAACGCAUUGACCUCGCAGACCGGUGCUGAGGAGGGUGCCGCAUGGGCUGCUCGUGCGGUCGAGCGCCUGAAUAGUAUAGCUGAGGGCGGCAGCGGCGGUGGCAGUUUCCGGCUGGACUCUGACGGUGUCCAUGUCCCGUUGCUGCCGCGUGUUGCCGCGGAUGUACUCAGUGGAUGCCCACCAUAUGUGCCACUGGAGCUCGCCGAUCGCCGUAAUGGCGGUGGUGCCGGCGCUGCGUCCAGUUUGCUCAAGGGUAUAGGCAUGCGGUUCUUGUCGCACCGCUCUCCGUCUCCCGCUUCUCCGACUGAAUCUGCUGGAGACUCGUUUGGCUUGGGCGGCCAGUCGGCUCACCACCGUGUCGAGGAGGCUGCGGCUGCCAGCGAUAUGGUUGUGUUUUUCAUAGUCGGCGGCAUGACGUUUGGGGAGGCCGCAGAUAUGGUUGCUGCAGUUUCUGCUAAAGGCCCUCCUGUUUUGGUAGGAUGUACGGGGAUAGCAUCCGCCGUUGGCCUAUUUGCCAAUUGAGCUAUAAAACAAAUUAAAAUGCCAUUUUUUUACUGAAUUUUUUCUUUUGGUCGGAAGUUUCCCAAAUAUGGAUCUGAUCUCUGCGAAUAUGAAGGUGGUAGGUAGCAUGGGCAAGUAAAAUGCAUACAUGCGAUUGGCUGCUGGCGCGCUGUUAAUACCGCCUGUGAUUUUUUUUCCGAUUUCUUUGAGGUGGGAAAAAAGAAAAAUAUGUGCAUGUGGCUUAAAGUGCAAAAAAAAUGGGUGUGAGAAUGGGAUCAUCUAUGAAGGCAUUUUGAUCACAGCGUUUCCACCGAGUCACAAAAAUUUACGAAAAAAUGUUAUCUUGAUAUUUUCAUGCACAUGAGAAAAAAAACUGGCGUAAAAUAUGGUGCUAAAAUUUUCUGGUCAACGGAAAUAAAUGCAAAAGCAAAAAAGAGAG